AUGAAUCCUCCAAUAGGCUAUUUUGCUGCCCCCAUUAAUGAUGAUCUCUUGGUUUCUAUAAUAUCACUUAUGUCUGACCCAAAUCCGGAUGACCCUUUGGUUCAUGAAAUAGCCGAGGUAUUUAACAGUGAUCGAGAACAAUUUGAUAAAACUGCCAAGGAAUGGACGGAGAAAUUUGCAACUUGA